AUGGCUACCAUCCGAACGGAAACCCAAGGUCCAUCACCAGGCUACAUCUUCAUUCCGAAGGGCGACGUCUACAUCACUCGGAACUGCCGCAGUCUCUCCCACGACGCAAAGCAGACUGUUUAUACAAACCCGCACACCCAGCGCACGCCGCCCAAGUCCACACCACCGUCACCAAAAACCGCUGCAAGCACCCUCCACGCCCGAUCCCGCGCCGUCGCCCAAAAGGACGCUCGCGACACCUCGAGAGCGCGCACGCUGCUCCGCGCUCAAUUCCCCGCCAUGCCAGCCGAGACCCUGGAGAAAGUGCUGGGUCACGCAUUCCUGAAGGGCUCGCGGCGCCUUGGGAGGAGUGGGACGGUAGCGAGUGAGCAGGUCAAGGUGGGUCUGGCGGUUGAUGCGCAUAUCCGGCAUGAGCAUACGGAGUAUGAGAGGUUGCUUGGGGAUGGGGUGGAGAGGGCGGAGGCGAGGGAGCGGGUGUGGGGGCUUGCAGUAUUUAUAAGAAAGAGAAUGCUUGCUUGA